AUGUCUGAUAGCAAGUCUCCGUUUGAGAGAGAGCCCAAUGCGUUCGAUGGGGAGACAUUGGACGAUCAAUGGGAUACAAGUAGUGAGGCCGUGAGCCUCGGUGCCGAGGGCGGAGAAGAUACCUAUGUCGAAAUACUCAGUGAAGGGCCAAGCUCCAUUCCUACUCACUGCAUCAGGAAGGGACUCAUGACCAGGCAGCCAGUACCGUUGGAUGUGGUGUAUCACGACGGCAGUCAUGUCAGCGUGAACCAGCACUACGAAUUCUAA